AUGGCGCCCACCGGAAUCACCCUCGAGGACGUACAGGCAUGGGCAAUCCGAGACUUCCCUGACCAGUUCAAGCACCUACCUGAUGCGGGAGCCUUCCAUGUACAGUUCAACAUCGUCCGCGGGUACAACCACGACAACAGCUUCAAGAGCCUCGUGAUAGGCAGCACUCAUACUAAGACCGGGAAGCCAGCAGACAUCCUCGCGUGGCUUGCAGGUAGCCGUAUACAGCUCGGAUAUAUUGGCAAGAAUCGGAAGGAAGAGCCUCAAGUUCGUUCACUAGCUCCUGCUGAGAAGGACCACUCGUCUUCGAACUUUAAGUUUCCGUUCAAUUUCGUCCCACCAAACCAAACCGAGACGGAAAUUGCGUGUUUCAAUGCCGUGUUACGCUACUACUUCCUUGCCAAAGGUUGGAAUAAUGGCGUGAUCGACGAGUCGGACGUCUUCAACAGAUUCGUAUCCAGGACUCCCUAUCUCUUUGAGCAGAUCGCCAACGACCCACUCCCAAACCGAUCGUACACUGUACUCAGCAGCCCGUCACCCAGUCCGCCGCCAAUUGAGGAUCCCAUAACGCCCCGGACACUACCCUCCCCACUUGAGCUGCACGCCCAAUCUGGACAUUUACAAUCGGCCAGCCCUAGUGGGAACCAGAUCAUGGUGCUCGAUGGAUCCAACGAUGCUGAUGAGCGAGAGGGCUCCGGGCUGCGAAACAAGCUUUUCGAUCUCAACAUCCGGCUAAUGAUUGCGGAGGGUCUUGCUCGGGAUGCUGAGAUAGCAGCACGGACAGCUCAGGAAGAGGCACAGCUCUGGAGGAAACGGUAUGAAGAAGCCGAGACCUACAAGGCCAAGUAUGAGGAAAUCAGAAACCACUUUGAUCUGCAGAAAUAG